CUUUCUAUAAAUCCAUAUGCCCACCUCUCCUAAAACCCUCGGCCGGCUGCAACGAAAUUUGGAAGGUGCUAGGUUGAGGGAAAUGGCCAGUACCGGAGCAGCGGCCGAGGGAAUAUUCAGAUGUCUGUACGAGGGUUGCAUUUCAGGCUGCGAUACCUGGAUUGAGCGCCGGCCUUACCAUCGGAAUUGCACCUGUGCACUCCACAAGCCACGUAAUGGCAGCUCCCAUCUUUUAUCAAAUAACAUGUGCAAAAGGAACGUGUCUUACCCCAUCAGGAGGUCCUGGAGUGAGGGCUCCUUGGCCUUGCACGCUGCAGCUUCUUCUAACCAUUCAUCGCCUUCUUCUUCACCAUUACUUGUGGUUGGGGCUGCUGCAGCGAGGGGGCCACAGUCGUCGAGUUUGUUUGAUCAAGAUCAGGACUGACUAGGAUGAUGAUCGGUAUGGUUUGUUCAGUAUUUAAAUCGGCCUUCUUCUUUUUUAUCAGUACGAAUUCAUCCAUUUCUUUGAAUAAUUGUUGGGUUAAGAUCGGUGAAUUAUAUAUACAUGAAGACUGAUCGAUAAAGUUGUGCGGUGUUGGCCUAAUUAAUUAAGUGGUUGUAAACAUGUGUAAACGUUUUUGAUCGAUGGCAAUACUGCUAUAAAUGUA